GUACUUACAUCUUCUGAACUAACAAUAACAUAAAACAGCAAGCAAUUUCAUUUCAUCAGAUCGAUCUUCCGAUCUUCUUCUAUGGAAUAAUGAUUUGACAUCGAUAAAGAUCUUUCAUCUUUUUAAGUUGUUUAGUUUUCGAUCGAUUUUGUAAUAUCUUAUUCAAAAAAUCGGAUCGCUUUUUUGGAUCAAUUUCAGUUCUGAUUACAUCCGAAAACAGACGUGAAUUAUAAAAUAAAAAUAAAAAUAUAAACGAUUCUUUCACCGAUUCUAUUAUAGUAUUUUCAUUUCUCACAUACAACCAAUCUUAAAAAGUUCAAUCUCCUCCAAAAUUGAAUGACCAGUGAGGUAUUUGAGCCAAUUGAGAGUGAUUCAAAAGCAAUGGGGAUAUUCUUAAAUUAAUUUUGGGGAGUUAGGUUAGAAAAAACGUGGUGAAGGGUUAGUUACAAAAACUAACAUUCAAUUGGGAUUUGAAGAGAGAUUGGUUUUUUAUAUGAGAAAUGAGAAUACAAUUUGGGUGAUAGAGAUUUUGGUGGUUGGAUUGCAUCUACCUUCCUAGUUUCUCACCAAACUUUCUUAGUCUUGAAACUCUAAAACCCAACUACUUGUCAAAACCCUCCUUUAAACCCUUUUUUCUUAAAAAAAUUCUUUUCUUUUACUUAAAACAAAUCUAAAAGAUGAAAAAAAAGAAAGAAUUUACUAGAAAAGCAUGUACUAGAAAUCUGUGUUUAACGGCCACAUAACCCUUUUACUGGGAACAAGAAAUACUAACAUUACCUUUUCUUCUUUUCUUUUUUUUUUCUUUCAGUUCUCCAUUUUCUUCUUAAGGUACUACAAAGAAUAGCUAGAAUUUCAGAUUGGUGAGAAUAAUAGAAGGGAAUUGGCACAAAUGUCCAGCAAUUGAGUUUGUUUUCGGGGAAAGAAACACAUUUCAGUAUGUUCUAAAUUGUAAGCAACUUUGAGGUCAACUUGCUGGUUCUCGAGCAAAUUCAUCCAAAACAAUUGAAACAAAAGUAGUACAAAUGGUGGCAAAUUGAUCGUAUGCUCUGAAUAACGUCGUCAUGAAAUGGAAAUUUGAAGAUUGCCACACUACAUGUGAUCGUUAAAUGGAAGAUAAAGCCACAGAAAAUAACAAUAAGAUGGUUCUGGCUAAACCAAAAGCUUCGAGACCCUCGUGUUCAAAGUUCCAGUCUUUCUCUGCACUUCUUACGGGUGCGAUUAGCACAUCAUCUUCAUCACCUAAUUCAAUUUGCGAGACAGCUGUAGCUCCCAUUAGACCCAAGACUCUGAGGAUCAAACCCGCAGAAAGUUUGGCUUCAAAUGCUGCUGUUUCAUCUCAGGGCGAGGCAUCUGGAAGUGCAGCUUAUUCCUUGAAGGCUGAAAUCAAAUCUUCUGUGGUAUAUAAACCACUGGCAAAACUUGUUUCAAGAAAAACUGCUUCUCAAUUGGCAAAUAUGGGAAAUUCUAGUAUGAGUAGCCAACAAGCAACAGUUCAGGUGCAAGCUUAUGCUCAAAAUACAAGUCGAACCAAACACCAUUUCCAAACUCCAGUUACUACAGAUAUUCGUCAAGAAUUGCCAUGGCCACCUGUUAGCAUUAACCAGAUCAAUGAUCCCUCAAAGAUGGCAUUGCGGAAACCUAAAGAGAAUCCAAAGGAUUUGAUGCCAACAGUAAGUGGUGAUAGACCUUCUUAUGAUGGGUAUAACUGGAGAAAAUAUGGGCAGAAACAAGUGAAAGGAAGUGAGUAUCCUCGAAGUUACUACAAGUGCACGCAUCCAAAUUGUCCAGUAAAAAAGAAGGUUGAAAGAUCAUUUGACGGGCAAAUAGCAGAAAUUGUUUACAAGGGUGAGCAUAAUCACGCGAAACCUCAGCCUCCUAAACGUCACACGUUAGGAACACUUGAUCAAGGACUUGCAUCCGAUGGGGCUGGUCAUGAAACCAGUAGUAAUUCAUUAUGGAGCAACUCUCUCGAUGAGAGGAACCAAGGGUCAGAAAACCGAUUGGAGAAUCGAAGUGCUAUUGGAUUUUCAUAUAAUCCUUUUUCUUAUACAUCUAAAGCUCCAAUGCCUUAUGAUUCUGUCACAUCUGGUGGAGCUUUUAACAGUAGUGGUCUUGGAACUCCUGAAAGUUCUUAUGGUCUGAGUGGUGAUUGUGAUGAAGCAAGCAGAAGAAUCAAUGCAGCGGAUGAUGAUACUAAAUAUAAGCGGAGGAAGAAGGAGAAUCAGUCUAGUGACGUUCUAAUGUCACAAGGUGUACAAGAGCCUCGAGUCGUGUUGCAAGGGACAACAGAUGCGGAGAUUAUCGGGGAUGGUUUCCGCUGGAGAAAAUACGGACAAAAAGUCGUGAAAGGAAAUCCAUUUCCAAGAAGUUACUACAGAUGCAGCAGUCUCAAGUGCAACGUCAGGAAGCAUGUCGAAAGGUCAUUGGAUGAUCCAACUGCAUUCAUCACAACGUACGAAGGAAAACACAAUCAUGACAUGCCUUCCUCAAGGAACAUCAAUCCAUCUGCAUCUCAUGACAUAGAUUCUAACCCUGCAAUUUACAAACCCAACCAAUGAUGUACGCAGUGAGGAUCUUUACUCUACAAAUCAACGUUUUGAAUACCUGCCAGAGAGAUCAACUUGGAGUUAGUUUUCAUUGAACAACACUAUACUUAUUGAAUGAGAAUUGAUAUAGAUAAUUAGAUCCAGAAUCAUCCAGGAGGGAGGUCACUCUUUGUGUAGAUACGAGUAUUGAUUAUUAUAGAACUCGAUCAUUAAAUGGGUAAAAGCAGCAAAAAGCGACUAAAAGCAAAGGGUUUCUCUAUUAUUUUUCACUUUUUGUUCUUUUCUUUUUUGGCAGCUUGAAUCUGCAACAGAUGAGAUAUUUUUAUGUUAAUUCUUUCCUGUAACAGCUUUAUUCUGCUAUAUGUGGAUAUGCCUUACUUGUUAA